CCACAAGGCUGAAGCCCCCAGAGCUGUGGGGGGGGAAGCCCCUCGGACACACGUUCAAUAUUCAUAAGUAGCAGAAAACGCCGCACUGGAGUUAUUGCAUUGAAAUUCAUUCUGUUCACAUGGACUAAUGUGACAGACGGUGAAAAACAGAGCUGUGCUGUUACUUUCGAGCGUCUGUUGCGUUACUGUCGUUCACUGUUGUAUCCCGGAGCGAUGCACGCGGCGAAGCUCUCACCGGAGCGCGCGCUCCCCCGGGGACCACCGGGGCACCGUCCUCGGCUGCACAUCCUCCCAUCGCCCACCAGGGACCCUCCUCGCUCCUCGAGGACUAGGCGCUAUUCCUAGCUGCCGCUGAGCGUCGAGGACCUUUACCGUGUCCCACGUGCCGCGCCGCGUCCGGUCUUUCCCGCACAGUCCAGAUGUGGACGGAAGCGCGCGGUCGCGCUCAUAAAUCUGCCGCGCGCGCGGAGGGACGGAGGGCUGCGAACGCGGCGGCGCUGCUGCCAAGUGCUGGCACAGGAGCUUCGGGCACGCAGAGAGCGGCAGAGCGCGAGAGAACUUCGAGGAAGGCACCACCCUCUCUGUGUGUCGCGCGCGCCCGCCCGCACACACGCCCCAUGGCGAAGAUCAGGGUGUCCUACGAGUACUCGGAGGCGGAGGACAAGAGCAUUCGGCUCGGCUUGUUCCUCAUCGUGUUUGGUAUCCUGUCGCUCUUCAUCCUCGCCUUCUGCCUGCUGAGCCCCACGCUGCAGAACAUGCAGAGCCAGGCGGCCAACUGCACCGUGCUGUCCGCGCGCGAGCUCGACGAGCACUUCGAGUGCGUGUUCACGUGCGGCGCCGACUGCCGCGGCACCGCCACCUACCCGUGUCUGCAGGUGUUCGUGAACAACUCCGAGUCCAACUCGCCGGCUCUGCUGCACCACGACGAGCAGCAGCUGCUACUGAACCCCAAGUGCUCCUAUGUUCCCAAGUGUGAGAGGGACAACCAGAAGAACAAGGAGAAGGUGCUGGAGUGGCUAGACUUCUGGACCUACAACAUGAGCUCCCAGUCCUUCACCUGUUUCUUCAAUCAGCAGCGAAGGCCGGACGACGUGCUGUGGAAGCGUUCCCUGUCCGAGAACGUGCUGCUGCACUGCGUACUCUGGCCCCUGGUGAGCCUCCUACUGGGCACGCUUAUUGUACUGCUCACGGUAUGCGCCCGCAGCCUGGCCGUUCGCGCUGAGGCCCUGCAGAAGAGGAAGUUCUCCUAGGAGCCGCCAGGGGGUGUCGGAGAGCCUUGCACCACACAGCGGGUACACCACUACAGCAAGGCUGCCAGUGAUGGACGAGUGCAGCCUGGAGCUGGAGGACCUCGCAGCAGGACGUGUUGCAUUUGGCGAGGCUGCAUUUUAUGGUGCGCGAUACUGACCUUGCUGGAAAGGCUGUUCUUCACCCCCGGUGCUCCGCGACACAGACUCUAUCUGCUAGCAUCACUGAAAUCUGUCUUAACCAUCUGCCUGUCUGUUUUUGGUUAAUGUUCCUCCAAGCGGUAGGCCUAUUGUGCUUAUUCAGCAGCAGCAGCGAACCAUGGCUAGAAGAUUGCUGGGGACCACAGAAUCUAUUCCUUCAUGUUUGGUGUGAGUAAUAUAUGCAGUAACUCAGUAAACAUAACUGGCUUAGACUGCAAAACAACACAGUGCUGUUUUCUAACCAUUCUUUGUUAUGUGUGUCUGGGCAGUCUUUGGUCUCCAUGGUGACUGACUAGACACUGUGUCCUACGCUGGGUUGCUCUCUUAUCUCCAGUUCCACCCGCCUUUGGAAGUCACUUUUAAAUGCCGAGGAGACUUGUGGUGCUGCGGGAAGAGACGACGCAUAGCUAAUGCGAACCUUCAAACCGCUUCCGAUUUGUGUCCUUUGGCCUCGGGUCCUAAGUGAAAUCAGUGAGCACUUUGUUGAAUCGCAGUCCCCUGCCAGUGAAGAAGGUGAGCAAAUGAAUUAUUUUCGUGUACACGUGUAAUAUAUAAGCUGAGUUCAACAGAGGCCAUGUGCCAUAGGUCACAGUGUGCCUGGGCUCAUUUAUGAGCCGAGGUUCCAACAGUACAGACACAGCUGAAGGUGGAAUGUCUUUGUUCCGUACAGCAACAAAAGAUUGUAUCCC